AUGGAAAACGAUUUGGCUGAGUAUCAAACGUCUGAGGUAUGCGAAUUUCAAAAUUCAAAAUUCAAAUUUUCGCGCCCAAAAAUUUCCACGUGUUUUCAAAUUUUCGCGCCCAAAAUUCCACGCUCAAAAAUUUUUUUCAGAUGGAUUUCGACCCGCAUUCGGUGAAAUGGCAGUGUUGUUGUUGUUCUCUGCCUUCAGGUGAGCUACAGUACCCCGAUUACUGUAGAUCUACAGUACCCUAUUUCAGGCAUGCGACUUUUGGCUUCUGUGGAAUUCGCGUUCUGCGCCAUCACCGCCUCAAUAACUAUGUAUAAUAUCACAAAAGCGCAGCCGCAGGUGAGGAUUUCUCUGCGUCUCUAACCUCUCUGCGUCUCUAUUUAACAACACUAUAUUCCUCUGCAUCUCUAACCAAGUUAUGUUUCUUUGCGUCUAUAACCUCUCUGCGUAUCUAACCACUCUAUUUUAUCUGCAUCUCUAACCUCUCUCCGUCUCUAACAACACUAUACUCCAUUCCCCACGACCAUACAAGGCGCCCGUUGAGUCAGACGCGAGACGACGAGAGUAUUUUGUAAAAAUAUCCCGAAAAUGAAUUUCGCUUCGAGAUAUUUUCAAUAAAACAUGUGUUCCUUGAAACAAAAUACGGUAUUUUUUCAAAGGGACACACAUUUUCUCAAAAAUAUCUCGAAGCGAUGUCUUUCUCUGCAUCUCAGAUGACGUCAUCAUGACUCUCGUCGUCUCUAACUUCUGACCCGAGGGGCAAUUUUCUAUUGGAGUAAAUGGUCGUGUCCCCUGCAUCUCUAACCGAAUUAUUUUUCUCUGCAUCUCUAACCUCUCUAACAACACUAUAUUCCUCUGCAUCUCUAACCAAAUUAUGUUUCUCUGCGCAUCUAACCACUCCUCUGCAUCCCUAACCUCUCUGCGUCUCUAACAACAAUAUAUUCCUCUGCAUCUCUAACAAAACUAUAUUCCUCUGCGUCUCUCACCAACCCCAUACUCUCUAGAUGUCUUAAAUUCUCAUAUUUCUAUUUAUCUCUAAGCUCUCUGCGUCUCUAACAACAUUAUAUUCCUCUGCAUCUCUAACCGAAUUAUGUUUAUCUGCAUCUCUAACCCCAUAAUUUUUCAGGAUAUCGCAGCUUCCGAAGUGUGUCUCGUCGGUCUCAUGUUAUUCUUCACAAUAACCUCAAUCAUGUUAAUAAUCGGAAUUCAAAAGCACUCUAUCCAAUUAAUCUACCCCUCAUUAUUAUCUCGCGGUCUCGCCAUUCUUUUCCUCGCUGUUUUCGGCGUCUCCGCCGUCUUUGCGCACAAUUCGAAAAUGAAGCGAGGCGAGCUCGCGGCGGCCGAAGAUCCGAAUGUCGCGUUCAAAUUGGUUCUUUGCGUUUUCGCGUUGCUCUUUUUGACUGUUUUGAUAUUCUAUUGUUGCUAUUUGGUGGUUCGACUUAUUCAUUAUGAGCAGAGUUUUGCGAGGUUGAAAGAGCGCAGAAGUUCGUUGAUUCAGGCUGGAAUGAUUGGUUAGUUAAAAAAAUUUUUUUUUUAAAUUUUCUGGAUUUUGAUACCAAAUAUGACAUAAUUGUGGAUUUCCAGCCAACAAAACUACAUUUUUCAGAUCCUGACUACCCAUCGCCUAACAACUAUGCUGCAGUUUCCCGAAGAGCAUCUUCGGCUUAA